AAAGCGUCCUUACAAAACCCCCACACUAGCGUGCUCAUGUAACCGGUUGUGUAAAGCAAAGUACGGUGAAUGCUUACGUAUUCUCUUCCUUGACUGCGAGAGGAGAACCUCGGCUGUCGUUGGUCUCACAAAGAAUUACUUUAAUUUUAGUCAUUGCAUGUUGCAGUGCAUUUGGAGGAGGUGAGUUUACUGAGUUUAAUGGUGAAAUUCCUGUGCACCGUCGCAUUUCAUGUCAUUCUACUACAUUUUCAUGUAGUUUGUGCUCUCUACCUUGUCUAACAUAUCCUUGUUUCUAAUGUAAUUUGGGAUGCUUUUACCAUUUCAGCUCUGUUUUACUUGCAGUUCGUCCUUUUCCUUUGCUCCGAGACUAGUCUUGAGACUUGUAUCCUACAGCAAAUUUACUUCUGCACUCUCCUACCCGACCGAGUCAUCGACCGCUCCAGUUAUCAUGUCGGAUAAAAAGCGCAAGGCACCAGCUGCAUCCAAAGAGCCCAGCGCCAAGCUGCAGAAGCUGACCCCCGUGAAAGAGAAACAAGCGAAAGCAGAAGGAUGGCUGCAGGAGCAUCUGAAGCAGCAGAGGACAGAGAUGAACGACAUGAAAUUUAACAAGAAACGCCGUCAGUUUAUAUCUGAUGCUGAGAAGAUAAAGCAGGGCUCAGAGGGUGUCUUAUACUGGAUGUCACGAGACCAAAGAGUACAAGGUGAAUAUUGAACAGAUAGUUGCUCUGUGACAGACAUGUUUUAACAUGCAUACUCAAACUAUAAGACCUCCUAAAGCCUCUAUUUGCUCUGUUUCAACCGGCUCUUCUUCUGUGUAUUCUAGAUAAUUGGGCACUGAUCCACGCACAGCGCCUUGCUGUGAAGGAAAACCUCCCCCUUCACGUCUGUUUCUGCCUGGUCGUCCCAAAAUCAGAGCUGUCCACUCUGAGGCAUUACAGCUUUAUGCUGAAAGGUCUGGCAGAAGUUGCAAAGGUAUGAGUUUCUCACAAGUCAACAACCUACCACAUAUACCAACAACCUACCACAUAUACCAUCAUAUCUCCUUGGGGUUUCAUCUUAUGUCAGCCAAGGUACUUACAUCUACAACAAAAGUUAUGUGUCCAACUUGUUGUCUUUCCCAAACAGGAAUGCAAAAAGUUGGAUAUCCAGUUCCACUUGCUGCGUGGUUCACCAGGGGAUGUCCUACCCGGUUUUGUCUCUGACCGUGGUCUCGGGGCAGUGGUGACAGACUUUUCUCCACUCAGAGAGCCUCGGCAAUGGUUGGAGGAUGUAAAAAAGAAGCUGUCAAAAGGCAUUCCCCUCAUACAGGUAGAAACUCUUUCGUUGGUGGGAGAGAUUUUGUUUUAUUUCCAUAUAUGGUCUUUAUCACAUAAGUUCUCAUAAAACAAAUCAAACACUAUUAUUUCCCCACAUUUGCUCUCAGUACUCCUUAACUAUAAUCUGUUUUACGAGGUAACAGAAACCCAUCCUCCUUCUUUAGGUUGAUGCCCACAACAUUGUUCCCUGCUGGGUAGCAUCACCCAAACAGGAGUAUGCUGCCAGAACCAUCAGAGGAAAGAUCACAAAGCUUUUGCCAGAGUACCUCACUGAUUUUCCACUGGUGGAGAAACACCCCUACACAGCCACAAGAACUGCCAAAGUAAGUGUCACAGCAGCAGUGAGAGCCACCUUGUAAAUUUCAGAGAACAUCUCACCAGGUUUUUUGGAUUUGUCAAAAUGACAAAACCAUAAUACAGCUUCAAUGUAUUUGCCUGAAAAUUGUUUAAAGUUCACUGCAAAAAAGGGCUGUCAGUUAGGGUAUUGAUGUGGAGUUUGAAAGACAGACUGCUGCAAUAAAACACAAUUCUCUUGACCUUCAACCACCCUGCUCCUCUCCACAUUAUGUAUUGAUGUGAGAAUAUAAACAGUAGACUAUUAGAUUUACAAAAACUGAAAUUUCCAUCCAAGGUCAGUAUAUGAAUGUUGCAGGAAUGUGUAUUUGAGCCUCAUGAUAACAUAAACUUGGAUGAAAGUCACAGAAUUCCCUUCACAUCCUUGUCAAAGAUUUUGUUUUUAUUUGAGUGCAUUAUUGCCUGCUGGCCUGCUGAUUUUUGUCUUUCCUUUCCUUCAACUCACAGCACAUAGACUGGGAUGAGACCCUGACGUCCCUGAAGGUUGACAGAACAGUCGGAGAGACAGAGUGGGCUAAGCCAGGCACUAAGGCCGGGAUAGCCAUGUUGGAGUCCUUCAUUGAUGUUCGCCUUAAACUGUUUGACACCCAACGCAAUGACCCAAAUGCUCCUGCCCUCAGCCAGCUCUCUCCCUGGAUUCGCUUCGGUCAGUAGUACCAUGAAAAAGAUACUGAGUGCAGAAAAAGUGCUGUCCUUUAGGGGCUCAAACUGUAAAAUGAUCAGAUGUAUAGAGCCUUUGGUAUUGCUUUCUUUUCACAUCUUUUUCUGAGUUUUUGACUAUCAACCACUGGCAUAUGUCUGAUGAAGAAACAAUGUUAAAGUAACAUUUACAUGUACCUCUGACAGAUGAUAAUACCAUCCAUCAACAGUUAAGCCUUAUUAUAGUAAAAUGACCAAAAAAAGUGUCAGCAUGGUUGAAUAAGGUGUCCCACAGGGAUCAGUACUGGUGACUGAGCCAUUUUAACACCAAAUAUGUUAAGUGUUUAAAUUUUGUCACCAAAUCAUCACGUCUGCUCUCAAUGCUACCUCAAAUUAAUGUUUGUACCGCUUUACUUUGAUAUCAAUUCACAGAAUACAUUACAGAGCUUGUCCACAAUCUGCUGUUUUUUUUUAGCAUCUUCUUUAAUCACGAUUUUUUUUCCUUCUAUCAGGUCACCUGUCAGCACAGCGUGUGGCCCUGCAGGUUCAGCACAGCGGGAGAAAGGCAGGUGUGAGCGUUGCCUCUUACAUUGAGGAGCUGGUGGUGCGCAGGGAGCUGACUGACAACUUCUGCUUCUACAACAAGAAAUACGACAGUGUGGAGGGUCAGUUGAGAUCCCUGAAUGGGAAAAAUUUUACCAUUAGUAUCAAUGAUCAGAAGUCUGCCUGUAUGAAACACAUUUGUCAAAGAAAGUAACUUAUCAUUGCCCCUUGUUUCUUGUAGGUUUAGUAAUGUAUUGUUGUACUAAAUUGAGUGUGUGUGUAUGUGUGGUACUCAGGUGCAUAUGAGUGGGCCCAGAAGACAUUGAAAGAUCACGCCAAAGACAAAAGGCCGUAUCUCUACUCGCGUGAGCAACUGGAGAAAGCAAAAACACAUGACAAACUCUGGAAUGCUGCUCAGGUAUAGCUUUUUCAUCAGGUCUCACAUCUACAUACUCUUGCUCAAGAAUACUCCUAUUUUUCAGUGUUAGAGUGUGUUUACUGUGUCGAAUUUUUCAGCUGUUUAAACUUUUGCCCUCAGAACCUGCUUUCCCAGUUCAGAAUCAAUCACUUUUGAGUCUAUUUACCUCAAGCUUUAUUUUUUUCUGCUUUUUGUUUAAUUCCUCUUGUAGUACCAGAUGGUCAUUGAAGGGAAGAUGCACGGUUUCCUGAGGAUGUACUGGGCCAAAAAGAUCCUGGAGUGGACUUCUUCACCAGAGGAGGCACUCUCAAUUGCUUUGUACCUGAACGAUCGCUACGAGCUGGAUGGCCAAGACCCCAAUGGCUUUGUCGGUGAGGACUCGAAUCUUAAUUGAUCAAAGAUGACACAGAUAAACUGAGUUACGUUUUAUAAAUGCUGAUACUCUCUGCACUUUUUCCACCUCUCAUAGGAUGUAUGUGGUCCAUCUGUGGCAUCCAUGACCAGGGCUGGGCAGAGAGACCUAUUUUUGGAAAGAUUCGUUACAUGAAUUAUAAAGGAUGCCUCCGAAAGUUUGAUGUCCCCCGCUUUGAGAGGAAGUACUGCCCCAAAAACCUCUGAAGGUUUUAAAGGUUUAGACACAGAGGAAUAAGAUGUCUUAAAGCCUUUAAACAUUUCAGCUUUAUCUCAGGGAACUUUGUAAAGUGUUUUUUUCUAUUACUUUACUGCUUGUUUAGUCUCAAACUAUUUGUUCACGAAUGCCUGACCAGUUCUUGAUGCAGUGUUUUCAGUUAUGUUGAUCUUGUCAGAGCUGGGAGCCUUUACUUUACUGACUGUAGUGAUGUUGUUUAACUUAACAUUAGAUAAUGAUAACUUGGUGCUUGAACUUUUUUUGUAUUCCUAUCAUAUGUUACUGUUUUCUUAUCCCAUUUUGAAGUGACUUGUUCUGUUUACUGUUUGUUUUUAUCACAUUGCAUGGUAUUUUAUUAUGCUUAUUGUCUUCAUACCAAACUGUAAUAAAUUUUAUUUACAAAUUCUUUUAAAAAA